AUGGUUAUCUCCUCCCCCUCCCAGGUGCUGAUUAAGGCUGUGGAUGACAAGAGGACGAGGUCGACCGCCUGCAAAGGAAACUGCCCCAAGUCAGGAAAGAUUGGUACCGUCGAAGACCUGGAGAGGGUCAUCGCAGAUCUAGAUAGAUGCAUAGGAUUUGCAGACAUCCACCGCAUUAUUGCUAGCGACGUUGCUGAUAUACGGUAUGUAGUCCCGUGGCUUCAGCGCGAAAACGUGUUAGGACAAGCAAGUCGACUUCUUUCUUCUUCAGAGUUGGCCGCCUCCUCUUUGUGCACUAGAAAACGGUGUGCCAAGAUGUAUCUUAUAUUAUUCUCUGUCUGCGUGAUGCUGCAUGACAAACGAUUACAGUCCAGUGUCCUUGAAUCUCUAACGACAGUGAGUUUGUGCUUUGACUUACUUAUCGGGGCUCAUGUAAAUCUAUACAGAAUGAGGUCGCUGGAAGAUAGCGGAAGAUUCUCGCCCGAGAUGUCAACUAUCCUUGAGCGGCUAAUGGGGCUGGAUGAAUUUGUGCAUGAAUUUGAUCGUCUUGGGCUCUUUGAAGACUAUCAAGGAAGAGAGACCGAACAUGCCCCUAGAAGGUAUACUCCACCACCAGUCCCAGCAGAGUAUUCGGUAGUGGUUUAUGUUCAUAGAAAUUCCUCCUCUCCAAAUGGGUGUAGUAAUCCUGUCCGGGAGCCUACAAUCAAGAAGGAUAUCCCGACUGAAAAAGAAACUACACCGAUGCCUUUGGCUGAUCAUCCUCCGUUCAACUUUCACUUGCUAAAGACGAAUGCAUUGAGCACAUUCGACUUAGGUGUGUACUCCUUUCUAUCAACACUGCGGUUUCAUAUAUAUCAAGAUCUCCUUCAGCAGACUAACAAAGAGCGCCUCCUAGAGCAGGACAUCCGGCGGUUUCAAAAGCUCUUUAGCCUUCUGGUCUACGUUAACAGGGAUACAAGUAGUAAGGAGGUGUGCGAAUAUUUGGAGCAGCUCUUCGAGACUAUCUCCUCACUCAUCACAUACACACGAAUCUGCAGGUUUAUCUUCGAGGUAGCGGAGUCACAUCAGUUCUCAACAUCGGAGAUACCGAUAUCGUGCCUGACAUCACGUAACGCCAAGACACGUAUCUUAGCGGCAACCAAACCCUCAGUCAAGACCAUCUCUCAAUCCCUACGGAACAUAGCAGCAGCAAUAGCGGCUUGCACCCAGCAGAUGCUUCAGUUUGUAUCCUGGGUCGUACUAGAAAAUCCGUGGCAUGCUGCAGACUACCGCACAGAACAUACUGCUUUGGACGCGGCUUCUAGAGUAUCAUGGUUGUUCCAACGGGCUUAUGAAAAGAUGCUCUCCCUCAUAGAAGAGAUCUUCAUGUGUAGAGCUUGCCUAUGCUUUACGAUAUUCCAGGUUGACGAGGAGUUGGUCAAGAAUCUGACAGAUGACCUUCAGUAUGACUCUACGAUGAUAUCAUACACGCUAGACGACGAAGGACAGCCCCCAAAAGAAGACGGUAUUGAAUACGAAUUGCUCAGAAGCCUGUACUGUACGGGAGAAGACGCGCUUCUGGAGUCGAAGGGAGUUCAUGCUGCCGUAACAAGCAACAUAGACUGCUCAGCUUUAUAUGCCAGGAAAUCGGGAGAGAAGGGCCAGAUUAUCAUCCAGCUCUAUGGCCUACUCCCGCAACUCCUCUAUGGCCUGCUGUACUUGAUGAAUCUGACCAACAUGAUGCUCCCGGGGUCGAAUCCUUCACGGGUUAACUCUGUUAUCCAACUCAUAGAGCCAACUGGGCUUAUAAUUACAACAAUUUUCAGCGUGCUACAGCAAAACAACAAGUCCUUCUGCAGAGCGCAGUUGGGAGGGAUAUCCUUGUUCCUUAAGAGAUUUUCGCAAGCUAUCGAAGCCGUCCUGUCCGCUGUCCAUACAGCAUCACGAUCUAUCUAUAAAAGAAUCCGGACCUCCCAAAAUAACCUCAAUGACAAUACCCGUAUGGAGGCAUACACUGCCAUCAUAAACACUGCGUUCAGGGUGCUACAGAAUAUGUUCGAGGCUGGCGUUGUCGUGCUUGACCAAAAGCUUCUUGUAACGGGGAUCCGAUAUGUAACUUCAUUUGUAUCUCCCAAAUCGUUCUGUGAUGCUUGCCGCAUUUUAGUGCACCUUCUUCCAUACAAGGAAAUGCGAGAGUUUGCCGAGUGCUACACAUUAGAUGGAAAAUCUGUUGGAGAAUAUUUAAUCGAGCGGACCAGGCCUACAAUAGCAGAUUCUGCUUGUCUAAACUCUCUCGACGCCUUGCUUUUUCUCAUCAACAAUAGGUAA